UCGAAAUGCAUAUCCAAAGCGUUUUAGCCCUUUGCUUGAUCGUCUGCUGUGUGCACAUCAGUGCCCAGAAUGUGAAUUGUGAUCAGAUAUAUAAUCGCUGUAUGCAAUGUGCUAGAACAGUGCCCCAACGAGAUGAUAUAAAUGGCCCAAAUGCCUGUCCCAGGGCAGUUCGGGAUCGCUGGAUCUGGCGGAAUAUAUCCCAAUGUGAAAUUCAGCGUCUUUACUGCCAGAAUCCAAGUAAGAAAUUCACCUGUGACUCCAUUGCUGAAAUGGCAAAAAUGAGGCGUAGAGCUUCACCCCGCUGUACCCGUUGCACCACACGUCGCAGGACUACACGGCGUACCACUCGUAGAACCACACGUCGAACCACCCGCAGACCAACCACACGCAGGUCAACCACUCGUAGAUCUACGACACGUAGAACCACGACACGUAAGCCACACAGUCCCUAAAGGAAGGAAAAUAUCUUAAAUUGCAUUUUCCGUUAAAUUAAUCAAAAUCAAAUUUACAAUGAAUAAUAAAUAAACAAUAAA